CUCACUCGAUCUUUUCCAUUCUGUUGUGGCACUUCGAUGAGAGAGAUGGCGCGUGUGUCCGUUUUCUUCGCCUUGGUCGCGGUGGCCCUGGCUGCGGGGUUAGUGGCGGGAGAUUCAACCCUCUCGCCCAAACGACACGACCCGCCUCUGCGCCAUUCGACGACAGCCGCGCUCAACACUGAUUCCCAAGGCUUUCUAAAGGGCCCAAGCAGCAAUUCGGGUAGGUCAGUACCCCAGAACGGUGACUCGGCAAGUGGAGGGCACCCACCAAACGAACACGACGAGCAGGUGGAGGACGACAUCCGUGUCAUCCGCAUCAUCAUCAUCGUCAUCAUCGUGAUUCUGGUGGUGGUGGUCAUCCUGGUCCUCAUCCUGGUGGGCCUCAUGUUCCAAAUGAAUAGGAGCGCGGCGAGGUGGGCGAGACAAUCUGGGAACUAACGAAGAAGGGAGAGUGAGAGAGAGACAGAAAGAGAGGGAGGGGGAGAAAGGGGGUUGACAGAGAGAGAGAGAGAGAGAGAGAGAGAGAGAGAGAGAGAGAGAGAGAGAGAGAGAGAGAGAGAGAGAGAGAGAGAGAGAGAGAG